AGAGAGUAGAAGGAAGGGAGAGGGACACACAGAGAGAGAAACAUUGAUGUGAGAGCAAUACAUCAAUUGGUUGCCUUCUGCAUGCACCCUGACCAGGGCCAGGAAUUGUUCCUGCAACCAAGAUGCGAAAGCUGACAAUCAUGCCUGCAGGUCUGAUAUUUGCAUCUAUAAGUGUGCAUGCAGCCAAAGAAGAGGAAUCCAAAAAGCAGCUAAUGAAACCAGAGCAGCUCCCUAUAUAUACUUCACCACCUCUUCAAUCUAAAUAUGUUGAAGAGCAGCCUGGUAAUUUACAAAUGGGCUUUGCCUCCAUCCGCACUACAACUGGUCGUUAUAUUGGCUGGUGCAAGGGUGUGUAUGUCUUUGUGAAAAAUGGGAUAAUGGAUACAGUUCAAUUUGGAAAAGAUGCAUAUGUUUAUCUGAAGGAUCCACCACGAGAUUUUCUUCCGAAAAUUGGAGUGAUUACAGUUUCAGGAUUAGCAGGCUUGGUUUCAGCAAGAAAAGGUUCUAGAUUUAAGAAAAUUGCUUAUCCAUUGGGAUUGGCCACUUUAGGAGCAACUGUUUGUUACCCAGUUCAAUCCGUAAUAAUUGCAAAGGUCACCGGGAAAAAGGCAUAUGCUACAAGUCAGAAAAUGUAUGAAGCAGUUAAAUCAUUGUGGACAAAAGACAACAAAAAAGAGUCACUUCCUGAACCUAAAGAAAAAAUUAAGCUAGAAAACUCUGCUGAAAAAGAAAUACCUGCAAAAACAGCUCAUGAUCCAAAGCACUCAGUGGGUUUGCCAACAGAACUCAGAUCUGAAAUGAAGACAAAAUCAGAAUUCACCUCAGGUGCUACACAGUUUACACCUGACCCCAAGCUCAUGGAUCAUGGACAGUCCCAUCCAGAAGAUGUAGAUAUGUACAGCACUAGAAGCUGAAAUAGUCUACAUAAACAAUUACAAGAUGUGAAGUUCCAAAUGAUAAUGAAAGAAAUGUAAUGGGUAAUUGUGAUGCAUAGAGCAUAACUUAAAGCAAAUUUAUCCCAUACAUCUUCUAAUGUAUGGUUUGACCAAUCAAGUAAGUGAUUAAAACACAAACGGAAAAUACAAUCGAAACAAUAGUAAAUGAUUGGUGAAGAGGCAGAGGUAGUAGUGUUAAGAUGCAUUUGAUGACUUAAGGGUGUUUAUAAACAAAAAAUAGAUUAAAUAUGUGAACAGUUAUGAGACUAAGAUCUGAAAAAAUAUGUAUUUACUUAUACACACAUGUAUUUGCUUUAGCUUUUUCUCACUAUCAAUUCCCUACUUGUGACAUUAAUGUCAGCUAAAUUAGAAUGGUUUGGGAAGGUUAUAUUCUCUAUCCUUCUCUUUUUUCAUUUCCCAGAACAGGAAUAAAAUAUCCAUAUUUUAUGACA